GCAGGGGAGGAUUGACUUCGGCAGAGCUGCUCGGAGUGCACAGCCCAGCGAGGGAGCAGGGCAGGAACAAAGGACUGCUCUGGCUGCGGGAGCCUGGCACAAGGGUUGAAAAAAUGACUCUCAACAAUGUUACCAUGCGUCGCACCCACAACAGCAGUCUGCACCAGCAGCAGCAGCGAUGGAGCAUCCCUGCUGAUGGGAAGAAUCUGCUGGUCCAGAAAGACUCCAAUGAGUACAACCCACAGAAACGAUACACCAUCAGCCCUGAUGAAUAUUACAGAAGGAGCUGGUCCUCGGAGUCAUCCGACUCCGUCAUCUCCUCCGAGUCUGGCAGCAGCUGCUACCGCGUGGUGCUGAUCGGGGAGCACGGCGUGGGCAAGUCCUCGCUGGCCAACAUCUUUGCAGGGGUGCACGACAGCAUUGACAGUGACUGUGAGGUGCUGGGAGAAGACACGUAUGAAAGAACCCUGAUGGUGGAUGGGGAAAGUGCGACUGUUAUACUGCUCGACAUGUGGGAUAAUAAGCGGGAGGGAGAAUGGAUUCGAGAGCACUGCAUGCAAGUGGGAGACGCCUACUUGAUCGUCUACUCCAUCACGGACCGGGCAAGCUUUGAGAAGGCCUCUGAGCUCAGGAUACAGCUCCGCAGGGCGCGCCAGAAAGAAGAUAUCCCCAUUAUUUUGGUUGGCAACAAAAGUGACCUUGUCAGGUGCCGUGAAGUUUCAGUGGCAGAGGGGCGAGCCUGUGCCGUGGUGUUUGACUGCAAGUUCAUCGAGACCUCAGCAGCUGUGCAGCACAACGUGAAGGAGCUCUUCGAGGGUAUCGUGCGGCAAGUCCGGCUCCGCAGGGACAGCAAGGAAAAGAACGAGAAGCGCCUGGCGCUACAGAAGCGGAGAGAGAGCAUCCCCAAGAAAGCCAGGCGGUUUUGGGGCAAAAUAGUUGCCAAGAACAACAAGAACAUGGCCUUCAAACUCAAGUCCAAGUCUUGCCAUGACCUCUCAGUACUUUAAGAACACUGGACUCUGCCAGAGCUUGCGGCAUUUUGCCGACAUUAUCUAACUUUGUCAUAGGACAAUCAAUCAAUCUAUAUUAGAUUGGGCUAUCAGUGACUUAGGUUCACAGCUGUGUUUGUG